GAAAUGGGGUUAAAUCCCCUCUAUAAAUACUAGUCAUAACAUUCAUUAUAUGUCUCUUGCCCACAUGAUAUCUUCCAUUCUUUUAUCCUUCUCUCUUGCCAACCUAAAAGACGAUGGAAAAAAGGCAAAAUAAUUCUCAGGAUAAUGAAGUCAGGAAAGGUCCUUGGACUAUGGAAGAAGAUUUGAUUCUCAUUAAUUAUAUUGCUAAUCAUGGUGAAGGUGUUUGGAACUCCUUAGCUAGAUCUGCCGGCCUUAAACGUACAGGAAAAAGUUGUCGACUUCGCUGGUUAAAUUAUCUGAGGCCGGAUGUACGACGAGGAAAUAUAACUGCUGAAGAAGAGCUCUUGAUUAUGGAGUUGCAUGCUAAGUGGGGAAACAGGUGGUCAAAGAUUGCAAAGCAUCUCCCAGGGAGAACAGAUAAUGAAAUAAAGAAUUACUGGAGAACAAGGAUUCAAAAGCAUUUAAAGCAAGCAGAAAGUAGCACCAGUACUACAACUACUACAUCAAGACAAAUGAGCUCCCCGGACCAGAACAACCAUGACCAGAUUUGUGCAAGUCAAAUGUCUACUGCUUCUGCAUCUACACCAAGUACUCACUAUAUAUCUUCUUCCAAUAAUCAAAAUGAUCCUCCUUAUCUUCCUUCCAUAUCCUCAUCUUCCUACCCUCAUCUAGAUCAUCAUCAUCAAGCCAUGGAGGCCACAAGUUAUAAUAUUGUUCCACCUCAAAUGCAUCCCGUUACUAAUGAUCAUUUCUGGCCUACUCCUGAUGAAGAUCUUUGGGCUAUGCAAUUAUUUAACAGCUAUAAUUAAUUAUAAGGUUCGGCAACUUUGUGUUAAUUAAUAACUACUUUUGUUACUCUUAUAUUAACAUAUAUCCUCAUUUUCCCUUUUAUCUUUUACAUAUUCUCAGUGUAGUAAGUAAUUGAUGUAUACCACGCACUGAAUUUCACUGUACUUGAUGUAUUAUUCUGUAUUUAUCAUUUCUCUAUUUAUAAAUAUAUGGCCGCAUU